AUGACAGAUGCCUGCGGUGGAGGAGAACAUGCUGCAGCCCCCGCUUCCAGCCUGGAUGCCUCCGACCCAGAGCUGCACUAUGAGGAGGAGGAGGAGGAGUCGGAGUCGGAGCCCUCGGACACCAGCAGCAUCUUCUCCGACGACUCCGUCUACCCUUGCUACGAGCUCUCCCUGGGGGCCGGCGGUGCCGACCUCAGCCUCUACCAGUGCUGCGCCAGGAACGAUGCCAAGCUGGUGCAGGAGAGGCUGGAGCACGGGGUGACUCGGAGUGAGGCCACGGAGCUGGACAUCAACGGGAGGAACGGGCUGAUGGUCGCCUGCUACAAGGGCUUUGUGGACAUCGUGCCCCUGCUGCAGAAGUGCCCCUACAUAAACGUCAACCAGCAGGACAAGGAUGGGAACACGGCCCUCAUGAUGGCAGCCCAGGCAGGACACAUCACCAUCGUCAACUACCUCCUCAACUACUACCCCAUGCUCGAGGUGGACAAACGAGACCCCCGGGGCCUGACGGCGCUGAUGAAGGCUGCGGUGCAGGGGCGGCAGGACUGCGUGGCUGCCCUGCUCCUGGCCGGAGCAGACCUGCAAGCGGUGGAUCCCAUCAAGGGGAAGACGGCCGGGGAGUGGGCAGCCUUCACCGGCCGCUUCGAGACGACCGUGCGGAUCCGGAGCCUCCUGCGGCACCCACGGGCGGAGCAGUUCGGCACCCAGUACCGGCCCGAGUGGCCGGCCCUGGCUGAGCUGGUGGCCAAAGCCCUGAGCCCUAAAUCCAGGGGCAAGAGGCUGUCGGAGAAGAUCCGAUCCAUGUUCACCUUCAGCUUCCCCCACGACCCCAAGGAGGAUGGCGUGAUGGACCACAUGGUGAGGAUGACCACCUCCCUCGCCAGCCCCUUCGUGGCCACCGCUUGCCAAACCGUCUGCCCCGACAGCCCCCCCGAGGUGGGCAAGCGCAGGCUGUCCGUGCCGGAGAUCCUCAGGCAGCACGUGCCGGAUCCGGAUGCCGAGCCAGAACCCACCUCGUGCCCUGGCACCAGUGCAUCCUCUUGCAACGGCCAAGCCGUGUCGGAGAUCCGGCUCCUGCCGCCGCGCCGGCCGGCCGGCGGCCUCUUGAGCUUCCUGCCCCUGCGGCUGCGGCGCGGGAACAGCAUCUUCCCCGGAGAGCCCAUCCCGAAAAUCAAAGUGAGCAAAGCCUCCUGCCUGCCCGCCCGCUCGAGGGAGCGGAGGCGGCGCGGGGGGGAAAAGGACCUGCUGCAGCCACCCAAGUGGAGGUACAAGGAGCUGAAGGAGGAGAAGAGAGCGGCCAAGGAGGCGAAGAGCGAGGAGAAAAAGAAGAAAGGGGGGAAGAGAUGCUAA